GGGGCGAGGGGGGGCGCACUACAGAGCAGCAGCACAACGCACUUCGACGGGGACAGGACCGAGGGUGCGAGAGGAGGAUCAGGGGACACAUAGCCGGCGGGCGCGCGCGCGCACACACACACACGCGGGCAGACGGGCGCGCGGUCCGUCCAGGCAGAAAGCUGGGCUCAAAAUGCGGCUCAAAGUGGGAUUCCUGCUGCGCAGCCUGGUCAUCGUGGCCAUGUUCCUGCUGCUGGUCGUGCUCUGGUCCACCCUGUCGCCCAAAGCCGACGACGACAGCGCUUUUCCCAAACUGGAAGUAGGCGAUGCUGGUAACCCCUUGCCCAAUGCGAAGAGUAACAUAUUGGACAAAUUUAAGCCUGUGGUUCCCUGGCCUCAUGUGGAAGGAGUGGAAGUCGACCUGGAGUCGAUUCGGCAGAAGAACGAGAACAAGCUUCGUCAGAACCUAAAGAACCCGAGCGCCGGAGGGCUGAUGCACAAUCAGCCGAACGCUGUGCAGAAGCAGUACAUCACGUUCAAACCGCAAACCCACAUCUACAGUGAUCCGGUCCUGAAACGUGGCAUUCUGGGAAAUUUUGAGCCAAAGGAACCCGAACCUCCCGGAGUCCCCGAUGGGCCGGGGGAGGGAGCUAAGCCUUUUGUCCUGGGACCAGACUACAAGGAGUCCGUCCAGGAGAGCAUUAAAGAAUUUGGCUUCAACAUGGUGGCCAGUGAUAUGAUAUCGUUGGACCGCAGCAUCAGCGACAUACGACACACAGAAUGCAAAUACUGGCAUUAUGAUGAGAACCUGCUCACUGCCAGCGUCAUCAUUGUCUUCCACAACGAAGGGUGGUCCACGCUGAUGAGGACCGUGCACAGCGUUAUUAAAAGGACACCCAGGAGAUACCUUUCUGAAAUCAUGAUGAUCGAUGACUUCAGCAGUAAAGUGCAUUUGAAAGAAAAAUUAGAGGAAUACAUCAAAAGGUGGAACGGCCUGGUAAAACUCUUCCGCAAUGAGAAAAGAGAAGGCUUGAUACAGGCCAGAAGUAUUGGAGCCCGCAAGGCCACCGCAGGACAGGUGCUCAUCUACCUGGAUGCUCACUGUGAAGUCGGUGUGAACUGGUAUGCCCCACUGGUAGCUCCUAUUUCAAAGGACAGAACCAUAUGCACAGUUCCUUUAAUAGAUUACAUAGACGGCAAUGAUUAUACCAUAGAGCCUCAGCAAGGUGGGGAUGAAGAUGGGUUGGCCAGAGGUGCCUGGGACUGGAGUAUGUUGUGGAAGCGAGUGCCUUUAAACCACAAGGAAAAGGCUAAGAGAAAACAUAAGAGUGAGCCCUACCGGUCUCCUGCUAUGGCUGGUGGACUGUUUGCUAUUGAGCGAGAUUUCUUCUUCGAGCUGGGCCUCUAUGAUCCGGGCCUGCAGAUCUGGGGAGGAGAGAACUUUGAGAUAUCUUACAAGAUCUGGCAGUGUGGCGGUCAGCUGCUGUUUGUGCCCUGCUCUCGAAUCGGUCACAUAUACCGUCUCCAGGGCUGGCAGGGAAACCCACCUCCAGCUCACGUGGGAUCCUCUCCCACCCUUAAGAACUAUGUCCGUGUGGUGGAGGUGUGGUGGGAUGAAUACAAGGACUACUUUUAUGCAAGCCGCCCGGAAACGCAAACCCUCGCAUAUGGUGACAUCAGCGAGCUUAAGAGGUUCCGAGAGGAACACAACUGUAAAAGCUUCAAGUGGUUUAUGGAGGAAAUUGCCUAUGACAUCCCAAGCCACUAUCCACUGCCACCCAAAAAUGUGGACUGGGGAGAGAUUCGAGGAUACGAAACCAGCUACUGCAUAGACAGCAUGGGCCACACUAACGGAGGCAAUGUCGAGAUGGGCCCCUGCCACAGGAUGGGCGGGAACCAGCUUUUCAGGAUCAAUGAAGCCAGCCAGCUCAUGCAGUAUGACCAGUGCUUGACCCGUGGACCGGACGACUCGUCAGUAAUAAUAACUCACUGCAAUUUGAACGAGUACAGAGAGUGGAAGUACUUCAAGGAUCUUAAUAGAUUCACGCACAUUCCAACUGGGAAAUGUUUGGAUCGGUCAGAUGUCUUGCACAAGGUUUUUGUCACUGACUGCGAUAAGAGCAAAAGCACGCAGAAGUGGGAGAUGAAUAACAUCGUGGCGGUGUGAAGGUUAAACCCGCGGCUCCUUGGAGGAAGAAGUGACUGGAACCACAAGAUGCCUGUGCAAACUGCUGCAUUUAGAUCUUUAGUCGAUUUGGAAAUCGAAGAAGAAUAUUGCAGGAGGAUCGUCCCGCCUUUAAACUGUUUACAACUCCAAUCGGUAACUUUUUUUUUUCCCCCCAUCGCAGAUCAUGUUUACAUGUUUCCUCAAAGUCCAUAUCUUUGACUGAAUUUCUUGGGGAUUUUGCUCAGGGGUAUAACAUGAACGUUGUUUUUCUACCUUCAUAUUGUGAUUCAUGAAUUCUGAUUUAAAGGAAAUCGAGCAAUUGAAAGCACUCCUAUUAGAACAUAUAUGAAAGCCAGUUGCUAGCCUCUGCCUCUGUUGUGUUAGGGUGGUGCAACUUGUAGGACAAAAACUAGGAUUUCAGUGUAUAGUGUGUAAGUGAUGGACGAAGAGGACCUGUGGCAAAUGGAUUGUUUGCCAAGAGGAACACUGCUGUGGAACUCUUAAAUGUUGCAUACAUACACACAUGCAGCUGCACACACAUGUCCUGCCAACUGUAAGCCAUGUACUGUGAGCUCCUUUGGAUGAAAGUGUCUAUAAACAGCUGAGUGCAGGACGUCAGCAGAAGAACAGGAUCCAAGGACUCAGAAGUCACACUUCCAUUUAUGUGUCUAAAGCUGAUUUUCGCUUUGGGGGACAACUUCCAUCAUCUGAAUUUGGGCAAAGUCAUAAACCAUGAAGGUUUGAGUGUAUUUCUGUUUCAUUUCAGUCAGCAUUUACACUGGAUGUCUAAGUCUGAAAGGAACUGCUGCCACUAAACGUUCAAAUUUUUUUGUCACAUUGAACACGUAAAAGGUUGACUGAGUAUGUUUAUGAACAAAUAUUCUUUUGCUGCAUGACUGAUUUUUUUUUUUCUUUUUUUUUUUUUCUUGAAUCAGUGUAAAUGUUUAGGAAAAAAUACAGCAUCUUUAACUGCAUAAGUUCCCUUUUUUGUUCUUGGAUAAAUCUGCAGCUCUUUAUGCUCCAUUGCCAGGGGAAGGAUUUUUGAGCCCUGAGAUUCUUGCACAAAGUCAACUGUGAUAGGAUGGACCUUUCUCUAGUUAUUGUGUCUGUGGAUCCAACUGAUUAUUUUCAUGUUGUGUUGCAUUUUUCCCUGGUAUUGCUAAUGCAAAAUAUGUAAUGCACCCAGAAGCGGAAGUCAAACUUGCCUUCUCGCCAAUAAAGAACUGUUAAAUGAUACCACAUUGGUAUCAUGUUUGAUGGGCAUUUGCUUUUAAAUGGUCAACUGUUGGUUAAUUUUAUAGCACAAUGGAUUGAACUACUUAAAAAAAAAAUAAAGUA